GCUUUCAUCACACCCCGCCUUCCAAUGGCGCCUCUUGCACCGAGCUUGGCAUUGUAGCCGAUCUUGAUGGUUGCGUCGUGCACGCACGCGAUUAUGUUCUGAAUGACACAAGACAACGGCUUGGAGCCGUUCUUGCUUGAUAUAAAAGCGCGAACUGGUACUGUUUACUAUAGUAGAGCCUACGAAUUUCGCGUAAGUUUUCUCCGUCACAUGCCUCCUGUCGCGAUGUUGAUCAUUCAAUCCGUUCUCCGAAGCAAGCGAAUUCUCCUCGUUGUCGUGCCGCUCGUCCUGCUGCUUCUCGUAGAUAAACCCGCCACGACUCACGCUCGCCUUCUACCCUACGUGUUGCCGUACCCGGGCCUCCUGAAAUGCGCGCUGACGGCUAACCUCGAGGCGGACCUGGCGCCUGGCGGGGGGGAGCCCGGAGCAGACGCGCGGCUGGAUAUCCUGGUCUACAGCUACCGCGGCAAGACCAACGUGAAGCUGCACAUUCACUACGAGAGUCCCUCCCUGGUGGCGCCCACGGGGCAGUCCAUUCAUGUGGGCCAAGUGGGCAGCAGCAGCACACCGAUCUGGACCAUUGAAGGCAACUGGCAGCAAGAAGACAAACCCGACGAGUGGGAUUUAUCCGUGUGGUAUAAUGCUGCUGGGAAGUACGUGCCUGCAGGCUCAUCAAAAUCCGUUUUUAAAAUGGUGAAAAGAAUUGAUAAGGCGUGGUUUAGGCGGUCAUUUUAUGUGUUGGUGAAAACUGCAGCUUAUCCCAAUGGGGCAUUGCGCGGGCAGAUUCGUCGGGAUGUGCCCUUCAAUUUGAUCCCCUGGUCACGUUGCUAGCCCUAUGUAGGCCUCCUUUGAUAUAUGUAAAUAAGUGUAAAGUCCUUGCAUAUUUGUUAGCAGUACAUGCCCUUGUCAUGCUGUAAUCCAGUAAUAUUACCACCUUAUUG